AUGUAUGGCCAUAUGGAAGAUGUUGUCUUCGACCCCAAAAUUCAUCUUGCCUACGAUGGCAAGGUGCAAAGAAUUACUAUGGAAGAAUUAAAACUUCCUCGCACCUCCACUUCUUCUCCCGUAGCCGGCUCUCUGCCGUUCAAGCUUUUGUCUGGUGAAGGCGUACUGGCUUAUCGGAAAGCGCUGUUCGAUCCCAAGGUCAUUGACCAGUGUGCAGUCAGUCCCAGGCCAGGGACUCUUGUGUUGCGAGGUGCUGGGAAGAUCUCAAAAUUUGUUCACGACUUCUGGACCCAUGAAGAAACCAUGAAGAUCAUCUCCGAUAUAGUUGAUGUGCCACUCUCGAUCAUCAUGAAAGGUGAAAUUGCGCAUACCAACAUCCAGGCCAAAGGGUCGAACUUGGAGGAGAUGAAAGCCUCGUUGAGGCCGGAGCCGUCACUGGGAAAAGUUAAACUUACCGAGGAAGAAAAGAAUUACAAACCGUUGGACGAAAACUCCAUCAUUCCGUGGCAUCAUGAUUCUUAUCCAUACGUGUGUGUUCUUAUGAUCAGCGAGACAGAAGGCAUGUUGGGUGGCGAGACCUACAUAAAGGCUGGAGAUGGAGAAAUUUCAAAGGUAGAAGGGCCCAUGAUGGGAUAUGGGUGCGUUCUGCAAGGCGGCGAGGUGGAACACUUGGCGGCGCGUGCUUUCGGGGUCGCUGAGAGAAUCACAACCAUCACUUCAUAUCGACCUAAUGUGACGAAGGCUUAUGACUCGAGUUACAUCUCGAACCUUAGAGCUUACUCGGGUCUGGGUGUCCUGUACCAAGAAUGGGCUUUGUACCGGCUUGAUAAGAUGAAAGAGGAGAUCGAGGCGUUGCACCAUAAGAUACAGUCAUCAGGAGCGGUUGACACGGGCGAGUUUGAUAUCUUCGGACAGCAACAGACGGAGUACCUUCUACGAUCGACGACUCAGAUGGUGCCAGUUGACUUCCACAACCGGAUAAUAGCCAAGUACGUGACUUUCGAACCUCUACCUGACCCUAUCAAGGUUGAGGGUGGGCUUAUAGUUGACACAGAGAACCUGGCCAGCACUGAAGGCUUGAAGUUGUCAAGAGAUGGCCAUACCGUGUUGAUUCCUCAGCCAACCGACUCUGAGGCGGAUUGCCUUAACUGGUCCACGACAAAAAAACACCUCAUUCUCUUCACUAUUGCGUGGGACGCUCUUUGUGCUGACUUUGUUGGUGCAAUCGGCUCAGCGCCUAUCAUCUUCCAGGCGGCAGAGUGGCAAAUGUCAUUCAACAAGGCUAAUCAGCCCAACGCCAUCACCGUUCUUCUCCUGGGUAUCUCCGGUCUCAUAUGGGUGCCAAUGUCUUCCUACUGGGACAGAGCGCCGGUGCUGUUCUGGACGGAGGUCAUCGGCUUCUUCUUCACAGUGGGCACUGCACUGUGCAACACGUACGAAACGUUCUUCGCAAUGCGGGUCUUGAGUGCUAUCUUCCUCACUGCCUCUCAGACAGUCUCACUGGCAUUGUUAAAAGACAUCUUCUUUUUCCAUGAGAGAGCUCGAAAGAUUGGCCUCUGGGCUGCUCUUUACACCGCUUCGCCUUAUCUGGGUCCGCAGUUGGGUAGCUUCGUGGUUGGAAAGACGCUGGACUGGCACAACGUCUAUUGGAUGGCAGCGGGUUGUGUGGCAAUACAGCUACUGCUGCUGGUGCUCUUCCUCGACGAAACAUGGUAUAACCGAACGCUACAUAGCCACGAGCAGCCGCACAGAUCUCAAACCACUUUUGGUCGUUUGGGUCGUCUAACCGGUGCGUGGCAAAUCCAACACCACAAAAGAUACUUCUCCACCGUUUCGGCGACAUACCGCGAACUACUCUUCGUGAUUCUGCAACCACAUUUCACAUUGAUUGCCAUCUUAUAUUUCCUGGUCUUCAUGUGGGCUGUCGGAAUUAACGUCACAACCGGGGUUGUUUUUGCUACUCCUGCAAGCUAUGGCGGCUAUGGAUACAACACGAUCCAGCUCGGAUGUCUCUAUUUCUCACCCAACAUUUCCAGGGAGUCCGUUUGCUAUAUGAACCCCCGAAGGACUAACGUUCUCGGCCUGCCCGAUAGAAGUGGCCGGGUCGCUACCUUUUUCACUGAAGGCAAAUAUGUGUCCUGACUGUGUCACAUCCGUUGUGCUGCCCUCCCGUCAUACUCUCAUGCAGCAGUUUCUUCUUUCGAGGCACCAGCUCGCUCGCCCUGACCUUUGGCGCUAGGGAUCUUCUCAACGUGAAUAGUUUCGUUCUUCAAGGCGAAGGCGGUAUCGGCGUCAACUUCGACAAGUCCGUGUCCAUCUUGUGCAAAAUGGACCACAACCUCAUCGCCGAAAAGUGCACCAAUCUCCUCCAAGGUCUUCCCAGUCGUCUCGGGUAACAUGAAGAAUAAGGCAACCAUACAAGCGACGGUCACACAGACAAAGACCAGGUAGUACCUCCAACCGAUAUUUGCAAAGGCUGUAGGGGCACCGGCAGUGUAGAUAAUUGUAGUGACGAAGUAGGUGAACAGAGCGACAGUAAGACCUUUCGCUCUGAUCGUAGUGGGAAAUAUU